UCCAUUCUCCUUCUCCUCUCCUCUCUCCAUCUCCACCUCCACCUCCACCUCCACCUCCCCAGAAAAGCAAGGGAGGCCGCAUUCUCACCAUUAUCAACGUCAUCAUCAAUCAACAAUGGUGAGGGGGAAGACGGAGAUGAGGCGGAUAGAGAACGCGGCGAGCCGGCAAGUGACCUUCUCUAAGAGGAGGAAUGGGCUCCUCAAGAAGGCCUAUGAACUCUCCGUGCUCUGUGAUGCAGAGGUUGCUCUCAUCGUCUUCUCUCCCCGGGGAAAGCUCUACGAGUUCGCAAGCUCUAGCACCCAGCAUAUUAUUGAUCGCUACAAGGCUCAUACAAAGGCUGAAAGCACCAAUGGAACCUUGGAACAAAAUAUACAGCAUUGGAAAAGCAAGGCUUCAACCAUGGAAAGAAAGAUAGAAGCCAUUGAAGCCUCUAAAAGGAGGCUUUUAGGUGAAAAUUUAGAACCAUGUUCCAUACCAGAACUAAAUGAAUUAGAGUUGCAACUAGAAGCAGCUUUACGCAACAUCAGGAGUAAGAAGAAUCAAGUAUUAUCUGACCAGAUUGAGGAGUUAAAACAAAAGGAGAGAAUCCUAAUGGAGGAGAAUGCAGUGCUCAGAGAGAAGUGCAAGGUUGGUCCUGAGAUGAUAUUAAAUGCUCAGAGGGAUGCUGCUGCUCAAGAUAAACCCAGAGAUAAUAUGGAAGUAAUAACAGAGCUGUUUAUUGGGAGACCUGGAACUUGAAUGAUGCUUCGGAGAAGUUUACUUUCUUGUCACCAGAGAACUAAUGUAUGAUAGGGAGCAAGUUGACUAUUCUUGCUUCAAGUUUUUCUUUUCUUUUUUUUUUUUAAAAGCAUUGCAAGUUGCUGAAAAGUUAGAUGGUUGCAUAUGUGCAUGUUUGCAUGUAUGCCUAUAGUUCAUUUUAAGUCCAGGGAAAUUGGUAUAAUGGAAAGUAACUCUCAGCCAAAUAUAGAUUUUCUCUUGUUAAAUGCAAAAUUAAUGUAAGUACUAGUUGGAAAGAUAAGCUCUGUUUUGGUAUUGUUAUUGUUA